AAUAGUAGAAGAAGAAGAAACCCAUUUCAUAACAAAACGUCACAUCCGCUGACCGCUGCUAAAUGUGAUCUGCCUUUGGACUUUUCAUCAAUGUUGCGUUUGAUUGCAACGUCCCUGUGCCUCCGGUGCCAACGUGCCACAGCUCUACCGUUACACCUCAGACAAUGUGCAACACUGAGCUCAGCAGAGAACCAGCAGACCGUGGAAGCCCUCUACGAUCUCUCUGUGGACAUCCAGAAGGUCCGGCAACUAAAGGGCUGGGUUCUGCAUCAGAGCCCGGCCUAUACUAAGGAGGUAGCUGACCUGCUGAAGGACAUGGGAGCCUCCGGGUCCAUCAUCGCCCGGAUCCUAGCAGCUCACCCUGAGGCGGUCCUCUGUCACCCAGAGCAGAUGCAGGCUCAGAGGGAGCUGUGGAUGUCUGUGUGCCCAAAAGAGAUAGAGCUGGUUGGUAUAAUUGAGAAAUUCCCAGCCUCCUUCUUCACCUCGUCCAGCCACAAUGACAACCAGCGGAACAACAUCGUCUACUUUCAGAGCUUAAACCUCAACAAGCGAAUCAUCACCAAGCUGAUGGCCAGCGCUCCUCAGAGCUUCAGUCGGCCGGUAGAGCAGAACGAGCUGAUGGUGUGCACCCUCCAGCAGUCCUACCAGGACCUUGGGGGUGAGGAGGCCAACAUGAAGAUCUGGCUUCAGAAGCUGCUGAGUCAGAACCCGUUUGUUCUCCUCAAGCCCCCAGAGGUGCUGAGGGAGAACCUGCUGUUUCUGAGAGACAAGGGCUUCAGCACGGCUGAACUCCUCCGCCUCCUGUCCAAACUCAGGGGCUUUGUCACCGAGCUGAACCCGGACAGCAUGCGCCACACUCUGGCGUACUCCCAGAGCACCAUGGGCUGCUCCGAGGAGGAGCUGCGGGACAUCGUCCUCAACUGCCCGGCUGUGCUUUACUACCCUGACAUUGUUCUGGCCGAGCGCUUUAAGGGCCUCCUCAGCGUUGGGAUCAGCAUGUCUCAAAUCAAAGAGACUCCAACGGUUUUGGAGCUGACCACGCAGAUAGUAAAUUAUCGCAUCCAGCGACUGAGGGCGCACGGUUAUGACGUAAGGACAGGUAGUCUGGAGGUCCUAAAUGGGACAAAGAAGGACUUUGAGGUGAGCUAUGGAAAAUUAAAGCUACGUAGAGAGAGGCCAAUUUUUAAUCCCGUAGCCCCUUUAAAAGGAGAUGACUGACAGAGGUUGUAUGGACUUUUGCAAAUUAAUAAA